AUGACUUUAGAUGUACUGAAUCCCAUAGUAAGAUGGGAAAAAAGAUUUGUUAAUGAUGAAGAUGUAGCUUGGUUUGAUAAAGCCACUUCUAGAGCAAUUGAGGAACAUGUGGAUCCGGAAUUAGCAUCAGUUCUCCAUGCUGAACCAUAUUUUGUAGAUUUUUUACAGGAUAUGCCUGAACCGACUGGUGAUGAACCUGAAGAUUUUGUAUUUGAAGCACCCAAAGUUUAUGAAAUGGUCCCGAGCUUUGAAUUUCUAUGUGAAAAAUUACAAACGUACCAGAGGCAAUACAAUGAAACCAUUAGGGGAUCAUUUCUCGAUUUGGUGUUUUUUAAAGAUGCAAUGACACAUCUUGUUAAGAUUUCACGAAUAAUUCGGACUGCAUGUGGAAAUGCUUUACUUGUAGGAGUUGGUGGUUCUGGAAAACAGAGUCUUUCAAGAUUAGCCUCUUUUAUAGCCGGAUACAGAAUAUUUCAGAUAACUUUAACCAGAUCCUAUAAUGUUUCCAAUCUAACAGAUGAUCUAAAACUUCUAUAUAGAGUAGCUGGUGCAGAAGGAAAAGGCAUCACUUUCAUUUUCACUGACAAUGAAAUAAAAGAUGAAGCAUUUCUGGAAUACCUUAACAAUCUGCUAUCUUCAGGAGAGAUUUCCAAUUUAUUUGCUCGGGAUGAGUUGGAUGAAAUUACACAAGGACUAAUAUCUGUGAUGAAAAAAGAGCUGCCUCGAUUUCCUCCUACAUUUGAUAAUCUUUAUGAGUAUUUUAUAUCACGGUCAAAGAAGAAUUUGCAUGUUGUUCUCUGCUUUUCUCCAGUUGGUGAGAAGUUCCGUGCACGUUCUUUGAAAUUUCCUGGUCUGAUAUCAGGCUGCACUAUGGACUGGUUCAAUCGGUGGCCUAAAGAAGCCCUUGUUGCUGUAGCCAGUUACUUCCUUUCAGAAUUUAAUAUUGUUUGUUCUUCUGAAGUUAAAACACAAGUAGUAGAAACUAUGGGCCUCUUUCAUGAUAUGGUUUCUGAGAGCUGUGAGAAUUAUUUCCAAAGAUAUCGACGAAGAGCUCAUGUUACACCCAAAUCUUAUCUCUCUUUCAUAAAUGGUUACAAAGAUGUUUAUUCUGAAAAGCUAGGAAACAUUAAUGAACAAGCAGAACACAUGCAAAUAGGUCUCUCUAAGCUGAUGGAAGCCAGUGAAUCUGUUGCCAAACUCUCUCUGGAAUUGGCAGUGAAAGAAAAGGAACUGGCUUUGGCUUCUGUAAAGGCAGAUAAAGUGCUGGCAGAAGUUACAGUAAGUGCUGAGGCAUCAGCAAAAGUAAAAAAUGAAGUCCAAGGUGUGAAGGACAAAGCACAAAAGAUUGUAGAUGAAAUUGAUUCAGAAAAAGUGGUAGCAGAGACCAAACUGGAGGCAGCUAGACCAGCAUUAGAAGAAGCAGAAGCUGCAUUGAAUACUAUCAAACCAGUGGAUAUUGCUACGGUUCGGAAACUUGCGAAACCCCCUCAUCUAAUCAUGAGGAUUAUGGAUUGCUGUUUGUUACUGUUCCAAAAGAAAAUAGACUCAGUUACACAGGAUCCAGAAAAACCUUGCUGCAAACCAUCUUGGGGAGAGUCACUAAAACUUAUGAGUGGUCCAUUCCUGCAGAGUCUCCAACAAUUUGCUAAGGAUAGUAUCAAUGAAGAAACAGUAGAAUUACUACAGCCUUAUUUUAACAUGGAGGACUAUACUUUUGAGAAUGGUAAAAAAGUCUGUGGUAAUGUGGCAGGACUCCUGUCUUGGACACAAGCCAUGGCAACAUUUUAUGGUAUUAACAGAGAAGUUUUACCUCUUAAGGCUAAUUUAGCAAAACAAGAAGGACGUUUGAAAGUAGCUAAUGCUGAGUUAGCCACGGCUCAGGCAUUAUUAGAUGAGAAACAAGCUGAACUGGAUAAAGUGCAGGCAAAAUUUGAUGCAGCAAUGAAGGAGAAAAUGGACCUUUUGAAUGAUGCAGAUGUGUGCAGGAGAAAGAUGCAAGCAGCCUCUGCACUUAUAGAUGGAUUGAGUGGUGAGAAAGUUAGAUGGACUCAGCAAAGUAAGGAGUUCAAAACUCAGAUUAACAGACUUGUGGGAGAUGUUUUACUGUGCACAGGGUUCCUUUCAUACUGUGGCCCUUUUAAUCAGAUCUUCAGGAACCUUUUGCUUAAAGAUUUAUGGGAAGUAGAGCUCAGAGUUCGGAAAAUCCCUUUUACUGAAAACUUGAACCUGAUUUCAAUAUUGGUGGAUCAACCAACGAUUAGUGAAUGGAAUCUGCAAGGCCUGCCAGGAGAUGAACUCUCAAUUCAGAAUGGUAUAAUUGUUACUAAGGCAACCAGAUACCCACUUUUGAUAGACCCACAAACUCAAGGAAAAACCUGGAUUAAACAGAAAGAAAAGGGUAAUGAAUUACAAGUGACAACUUUGAACCACAAGUAUUUCCGCACACAUUUAGAGGACAGCCUUUCAUUGGGAAGAUCACUUGUGAUUGAGGAUAUAAGUGAAGAGUUGGAUCCAGCACUGGAUAAUAUAUUAGAAAAGAAUUUCAUUAAAUCAGGAACCUCUUUCAAGGUGAAAGUUGGUGAUAAAGAGGUAGAGGUAAUGACUACGUUUAAACUGUAUAUUACUACAAAACUACCCAAUCCUGCUUUCACACCUGAGAUCAAUGCUAAAACAUCAGUUAUCGAUUUCACCGUUACAAUGAAGGGACUUGAGAAUCAGUUACUGAAAAGAGUAAUUCUUACUGAGAAACAGGAGCUGGAGGGAGAGCGAAUUAAACUCAUGGAAGAUAUAACUUUUAAUAAGAGGAAGAUGAAAGAAUUGGAAGACAAUCUUCUCUAUAAACUAAGCGCAACUAAAGGUUCUUUAGUAGAUGAUGAAUCUUUGAUUGGUGUACUGCGAACAACUAAGCAAACAGCUGCUGAAGUAUCUGAAAAGUUAUAUGUGGCAGCAGAAACUCAAGUGAAGAUUAACACUGCACAAGAGGAAUAUCGACCUGCUGCUACACGAGGAAGCAUUCUUUAUUUUCUUAUCACAGAAAUGAGCAUGGUCAAUAACAUGUACCAGACUUCACUGGCUCAGUUCCUAAAGUUAUUUGAUCAGUCCAUGGCCAGAUCUGAAAAGUCUCCCUUGCCGCAGAAAAGAAUCUCAAAUAUUAUUGAGUAUCUUACAUUUGAAACUUUUACAUAUUCUGUCAGAGGCCUUUAUGAACACCACAAAUUCCUUUUUACCCUUCUUCUGACACUAAAAAUUGAUCUUCAGAGAGGGCAGGUCAAACCCAAAGAGUUCCAAGCACUUAUUAAAGGAGGUGCAGCGCUGGAUCUAAAAGCUUGCCCUCCCAAACCAUUCCGGUGGAUUCUUGACAUGACUUGGCUGAAUCUGGUGGAACUGAGCAAACUUCCACAAUUUGCAGAAAUUAUAAAUCAGAUAUCCCGCAAUGAGAAAGGGUGGAAAAGUUGGUUUGAUAAAGAUGCUCCUGAAGAAGAAGUUAUUCCUGAUGGAUACAAUGACUCACUAGAUACCUGUCGCAAACUUUUGCUUAUCAGGUCUUGGUGCCCAGAUCGCACGCUUUCCCAAGCCAGAAAGUAUAUUGCUGAUUCACUGGAAGAGAAAUAUACAGAACCAGUCAUUUUAAAUUUAGAGAAGACUUGGGAAGAAAGCGAUACACGAACACCCCUUAUCUGUUUCUUGUCUAUGGGGUCUGACCCAACUAUUCAGAUUGAUGCCUUGGCGAGGAAACUUAAACUGG